AUGGUGCUCGGAAUCGCCCGAAACGAGCAAUGGAGAUUUUGGGUAAAAACCGGCCAAUUUCUUGAUUUUUUCGGUGAUCCAGACGACGGUUGGCAGCGGCUGAGAUGUGAGGGUGGUAGAGGACAACGUGCUGGUUCUUUUGAUAUCCACGUCGUCGCUUGGGGUGGCCGGAGGAGGCGAUGGCAGCCCAAAAACUGGUGCGGUGAACAGUAA